AUGUCUGCGGGCCCCGCAGAGGACCCCUCGGAGCCACGACGCUCUCAACGAGAGCGCAAACAAGCCACUCACUUUGUGUCAGUCGACAGCGCUUUGCUGCUAAAGAGGAAGCGUUCGGACGCGACGGACGACGAAGAAGACCACCAGGGAGAUGCGCACGGCGAGGAGUCUGACGACGCGGCCGCUGACGACGAAGAGGAUGCGGACGAGCGACACAAUCACGCGUCAAAACCACCCGCCACGAAACGGAAGCCCAAGGCGGCUGCCGUACCCAAGAAACCGCGUGCACCGAGAGGGACGGCACCGAAACGCGCUACUCAGAAGGCAUCGGGGCCCUCGAAGCCGCGAAAGGUCGGUGCGCGGAAGGGCAAGGGCGCGGGGGCUGAGGGGGGGUUCGAUGCCGACAAGGCCGCGAGAGACAGCAAGAUUCUCAACGACAACACGCUGUUCAACGCGAUCAUGAACCCCAGUGCAGCCCUCCAGUCCACUGCAGAGGAUUACCUCGAGUCUCUCUCCCUCAGCCCCGGGCUGGCUCUCGCAGAGCUUAUCAACUGCGUGCUUCGGACGUGUGGCUGCAACGACUCCGUGGAUGAACACCGAGCGGUCGACUACGACGGCGUGGUUGACGCAUUGGACGACUUCACCGAGAUCCUGAAGAAGGACGAUACACCGAUAUACCCCCUAACGUCCAAGUUGCCGGUCUUCAAGAAGUUCAGGAAGUCCCUUUCGGAAUUCCUGGAACGCCUCAUCAUCUCCUCCGCUGAGCUCGGCUCCCUCUACACAUCAGACUUGAUGCCCACUCUGCAAACGUGGGUCAGCGCCAUGUCGUCGUCACAACUUCGCAGUUUCCGACACACUGCGACCGUGAUCGCGCUGGAGGUGGAAACCGCGCUUUGCGACGUCGCCGCGACUGUGGAGAAGGAAGCGGAAGUCAUCAGUCGUCAGCGGGAAGGAGAGAGGAAACGGAAGGCAGCGGGGAACAAGGGAAAGGGGGGCAACGUCCGGGACGCAGAGCUGGAGAAGAAGGCUUCAGAGGUCCGGGAGCGGAGGACAAAGCUCGCGGAAUUCCUCAAGGAGUUCGUCGACGGCGUCUUCAUCCACCGAUACCGUGACCUCGAUCCCAAUAUUCGCGCAGAGUGCGUCCGUGCGAUGGGACUCUGGUUCAAGAAGUAUCCUGGGCACUUCCUCGACGGCUCCUACCUCCGCUACGUGGGCUGGGUUCUCUCCGAUGCGCAGACACAGGUACGACUCGAGGCGGUGCGCGCACUCGCCCUGGCCUACGAACAGACGACCCAUAUUGGCGCGGCGGCCCUGCAGCACUUCACCGAACGGUUCAAACCACGGUUGGUAGAAAUGGCCGUCAAGGACGUUGAGCUCCACGUACGGGUCGCGGUGGUGCAAGUUCUCCAGACGAUUGACGGACAUGGGCUGCUGGAGGACGACCAGCGGGAGGCGCUAUGUCUGCUGGUCUUCGACGAGGAGGCGCGCGUUCGGCGGGCGGUGAGUGGGUUCGUCAAGGGUGUGUGGGAGGAGAGCCUGCAGGAGCGGCUAGUGGGACGGCGACCUUCCGACGAGGACAAGCACCGCGCGGGGGUCAAGGCGCUCGGGACGCUCCUCGUGAGCUGGGGGCGCGCGCUGGACAAGUCGACCAGCGACAGCGACGCAGACGACGAGGACACCAUGGAUUUGGGCGAAGGCUCGUCGAAGCGAACACGGGCGAAAGAAGUCGCGUCUCUCGUUGGCCACAACCCUAAAGGUCGGACUGCACUCGUGGUGGAGGCCCUCUGGGAUGAGGUUGAACCAGUACGCGACUGGGAGACGCUGCUGGACGUGCUUUUGUUGGACCACUCUGCCGCCGGAGACGGUUCCCGACCAACUUCACGGUCGAAAGGCAAACAACCUGCUGUCGAUCAAACUGUGGACGAGGCGUAUCGCCUUGAGGAGGUAGAAGAGGGCGUGCUUCUGGAGAUGUUCGUCGCAACUCUCAGGAAAGCACUGGCGGAUGCCGCGGCUGCCAAAAAGCACGACGAGGACACGACCUCUUCAGACAUUACCCGUGCUCUCAUCAAGGCGAUGCCACGAUUGUUCAUCAAGCAUCAAACUGAUGAGGGUAGGAUAUCGGACGUGCUCCUGAUACCACAGCUCAUGAACCUCGAUCUCUACCUCGAGAUGCGGAUGAUGACCGCUUAUUCCAGUCUAUGGGAAGACGUGACAAAACAGUUUUUGUCAAAUUCCUCACCGGUCGUCCUCGCCAACGCUGUCGCUGCCAUCCGCCAGAUGAUGGACACCACCAGCUUAUCCAAGACCAACAGCUCAAAGAUCGUCGAACUCGAGGAGGAGCUCUCAACAUCGUUGCGGGAUGCGAUUGCUGGACGGGACGAAAUCGAGAUUGCCACCUUCUCUGAAGACGAAGUCCUCGCCCUGGCCGCCAUUUGUGCUCGCCUGGCUGCUUUGUCGGGCAUCCGUGACACGGCAUCGUGGAUGGAGGAAGACGAGGGCGGCAAGCAGAGCAGCGCGUGGGAUAUCGUCAGCGCUCUCGCAGAACGCGGUCGGUUAGGCUACAAGGAGGAGGAAGCGAUGGUCGAUCGCGCGCUGCAGCUCUUGACUCUCCACAUCAUGUGGAAGGCCCGCAGCCUCCCGAUAUCCCUGGAGCUGUCGUCAGAGGAAAUGCAGCACCGCGACAAGCUCAAGGAAGAACGCGAGUCCCUUCUCGAAAAGCUUGUUGAGUUCGCGGUGGGCACUCAGUCUAACACCGUCGAUGGUGUCCGGCGAGCAGCUUAUCAAAAUCUUUUGACACUGCACAUCCUAUUUUGUGCCACGGAGACCAAUGUCCCGGACGGUGGUCGACUACCCACCGCCGCGCUGCCCCUGUCGCUCGACGAUGAAGUUCAGGCCCGAUGCGCAGGAUUCAUUCAGAAUGAAAUCGAACGCUUCGCGGAAGAGCUCGCGGAAGACGACCCCGGGGAAAAUGAGAGCAGUCAAGAGGAAGACGACGACGAAGAAGAUGCAGAACCAAAGGAGCAAGCGAAGGGAAAAAAGGGCCGUGGAGCGAAAGGCAAGAGUGCCGCCAAGACUACCCUUACCACAGCACGCAAGCUCUCACGCGCCCAGCUCGAGAAAGAAUACGUCUUCAUCGGGGUAGUCACGACCUUCCUCCGCGCCGUCCGCGCUGGCGCGAUCCACUUCCGGCAUGCGGCAGUGUUGCUCGCGCACUACGGCCGUUUGGGUGCGACGUUCGACAUGUGCGCGAAGGUUAUCGUCGAGCUCCUGCGCGAAGAAGGCAUGUACAAGGACAACGGGGCAGCGGUAGUUGGCAUCGUCUGCCAGGCGCUCCAGGAGUCCUUCACCCUCUACCUCGACUCGGUCGCUCCUUCGGAGGAUCAUUCAACCGCGCUUGGCAAGGCUCUCUCGGCCUGCAUGCUCAUCCGCGGCGCCCAGCUGUCAGUUGUGCGGCGACUAGACGGCCAGUACGUCGUCCAAAUCCAGACGAACUUGCUCAACUGGGUUGGAAAGCGGCUCGCGGCCUACGAGACUGGGAAGAACAAGAAGGGCAGAUCAAAGUGCAUCAAGUUCUUCCGCGUCAUGCUGCCGCUCCUCACUGGGGUCGGACAAAAGGAUGCGCAGGCGAUUAAAGCCCACCUAGAUAAUGUCAUCGCACAAGCCAAGGUACAGAUCUCGCCUACGUCCAAGAUCUGGGAACCCUACCGCGCGUACGAAAAGAAGCUCACAACGUCGAUGCUCAAGGAGAAAGCUCGCGGUCGCGGGCGCGGUCGCAAACGCAAGGACGCCGCCAAGAGUGGCGAGUUCAUCACCACUGACGAAGAGGCCGCGGAAACGACCGAGGCCGAGGGCCUCGUGGCCAACGGCAAGCCUGCCCAGAACGGCGUCCACUCCGAUGGUGAAGGCGCGACAGAAGAGGAGGCCGCCGGGAGGGGCGGGCGGACGCCCCGCGCUAAGCCUAAGCCUCGCCCAGCGCGGAAGCAGAAGGCGGCGCCUAAGUCGCCUACACGAUCGGUGUCGCGCUCGUCCUCAGAGCUCUCGUCGCUGCACCCCUCUCCGCCGCCAGAAGAACCGGAGGAGCCAGAGGAUCCUGACGCUGGAGAGCCGGAGGAUCCCGACGCUGGGGAGCCGGAGGAGUUGGAAGACGUCGAAGGUUCACCUACAACGGCGUCGCGGAAACGCGCACGGGACGAAGACGAAGACGAGGAAAUGCCCGACGCCCCUCCAAACGGGGUUGAACAUGAGGAGGGCGUUGAGGCCUCUGCGUCCCCGGAGCACGCUGACGGUGAACCGGACAAUUCUGAAAUUCUGAUCCGGCGCAAGCGGGCUCGCCGUUAG